GCUGCAGUGACAGACGGGUUUGGGCAGCCGGUUGCCAAGAGACGAAUCACACUUUCCAUACUCUGCAGAUUCCAACAAGCACUUCCCGGCCUUUAUUGUCAAGAGAUUAAGUUGCCACAUGACCGUAUUAUUCUGUACAAUACUUGCCCGUUUAGCCGGACACGUGGGGCGGGACAGCAGGGGAGACACAGCAGCUCUGAACUGAAAUAGAUGGUCACACACACACACAGGAACGGCUUUCUUUUAACUCCCCCUCCCCAACAACAGUUCACAAAGUGGAUCUUUAAGACAUUCUGAUUUUGUUUGCGGGUGAUCAUUGGAGAACUAACCGGGAAGUGUGAAGUUGUUGUGAGCUGCUGUAGCCCGGAGUGGGACCAGGGACUGACCUGGGAUUAAAGUGCACCGCUCUCGCCGUGUGCUGGGCUCUCUCCCUCUCUCCAUGUGCCGGCCGGCUGGGUUACUAUGACCGCUCACCGGCCCUGCUGCUCCCCGAGCCGGCACAGUGCGCUGCCCAGCACCGGCCAACGCCGCCCGCCGGAGUUUGGAUCGGACAGCGGCGAUGAUGUUUUGCCCUGCCACACCGAGCUGGAGAUGAACCCCUUUGACGGACUGCCUUACUCUUCGCGCUAUUACAAACUCUUGCAAGAAAGGAAACGGCUGCCAGUGUGGGGGGCUAAGGACGUCUUCAUGGCGAGUUUAGCAGCCUCUCCCUUUGUCGUCCUGUCCGGAGAUGCUGGCAUCGGCAAAAGCAGUCAGAUUGCCCAGUGGUGUGCGGAAUAUUGUCUCUCCUCCAAGUAUCAGCAUGGGUCUGUGGUGUGCACGCAGCCGGACAAGCAGAUGGCUGUUUGCCUUGCUCUUCGUGUGGCAGAUGAGAUGGAUGUCAACAUUGGGCAUGAAGUGGGCUACGUAAUUCCAUUUGAAAACUGUUGCAUCAAUGAAACUAUCCUGAGGUAUAGCACAGAUGAAAUGCUUCUACAGGAGAUGAUGUCAGAUCCGCUACUGAAACACUAUGUAGUUAUCAUUGUAGAUGAAACUCAUAAAAGGACGGUGUGGACAGAUGUGUUACUGGGUCUUCUGAAAGACAUUGUGAGACAGAGAGCAGAACUAAAGGUUGUAAUAAUAACCUCCCCUCACGUGUCCAAUAUACUGCACACGUAUUUUGGUGAAGCGCCUCUAAUACAAGUGGAGAGUAAAGAGGACACUGAGGGUCCACUCAAGGUGGUUUACAGUUCCAUGCCUCAAGAAAACUAUUUCUUACCAGCACUUAGACUGUUGUUCAACAUACACAAUACAAGGGAGAAGGGCGAUGUUGCAAUGUUUCUAUCCUGUAAAAAGGAAAUCGAUGAGGCUUGCAAGAUUAUUGAUCAAGAAGUUUCUAAACAGCAUCCGAUGUUGAGAGAAUUGCUGCCAAUUCCUCUUUAUCCAGAGCAGAUUAGGUCAUUUAAUAGACCAAGUAACAAUUUGGAGAAUGGUAAACGAUUCAAAAGGAGAGUGAUAUUGACCACAAAUGCGGGAGACUCUUUACUCUGCAUAAGGAAUGUGAAGUUUGUCAUUGAUGUGGGCAUGGAGAGAAGGAAGGUUUAUAAUCCCAGAAUCCGGGCCGAGUCUUUAGUGAUGCGACCCAUCAGCAAAAUUCAGGCUAAGAUGCGCACAGAAAUCACAGACACAGCUAGACUGGGCAAAUGUUUCCGUCUAUAUACUGAAGAGUUCCUAAUGAAAGAGAUGCCUGACCUCUCACCAGCUCGUGUGCAGGAAUCAAAUCUUACUCGCAUGGUUUUAUUCCUAAAGAGAAUGGAUAUAGCAGACAUGGGCCAAUGUGAUUUCAUUGAAAGACCAGCCCCUGAAGCCUUGAUGCAGGCAUUGGAAGAUCUUGAUUACCUUGCAGCCCUGGAUGAUGAUGGAAAUCUGUCGGAGAUUGGAAUCAUUAUGUCAGAAUUUCCACUGGACCCCCAAAUGGCAAAAGCUCUCAUUGCUUCCUGCGAAUUUGACUGUGUGCAUGAAAUGUUAACAAUAGCUGCCAUGGUGAUAGCUCCUUAUUGUUACUUGGAUGCACCACCAGGAUCAGACGAAGUUGCACACACGUGUCGAAGGAAAUUCUUCCAUCCAGAGGGCGACCACUUUACUCUUAUAAAUGUUUACACUGCAUUUACGCAGUGCAAGAUGAUCUCAUCGGCUGAAUUCUCUGAAGAUGAAAAGUGGUGUAGUGACAAUUUUUUAAGUUGUGCUGCUCUAAGAAUAGCAGAGGCAAUCCGGGCCGAUCUGUUGGCCAUUAUGCAGCGCAUUGAGCUUCCCAUUUCAGAACCCGCUUUUGGCACGCAGAAGAAUUCAUUGAACAUUAAAAAAGCUUUGUUAUCUGGCUAUUUCAUGCAGACUGCUCGAGAUGUUGAUGGAUUAGGGAACUACAUCAUGCUAACACACAAACAUGUGACACAGUUGCACCCUUUUUCAAGCUACUGUUCCACAAGGCUAAAACCAGAAUGGGUUUUGUUUCAUGAAUUUACAAUAUCAGAGAACAACUGCAUUAGGAUUGUCUCAGAGGUGUCACCUGAAAUGUUUGUACAGCUUACUCCUCCGUACUACUUCAGUAACAUGCCCCACAGCGAGAGUAAAGAACUACUACAGGAAAUUAUUGAUAGGUUAAAACUGUCAACAAAUGGAGAACAACACCAUGGGAUAAACAAAGAAAAUGAUACAACAGAGAAAAACCUCAGCCAUCCAAAUGAAGACAAAUGUACCAUUCAAUAA